AUGUGGGAAGGACCCCAUCCCCUGGCCCAGGCUCCCAUACCUGCUCCUUAUCUCCCCAGGUUCAUCGGCUUGGUCACAAUCCUGCUCAAGCCCUUGGUGAUAAAACCAAGAGAAGUUCUUUUUGUGAAGGACCUGACCCUCCUCAACCAUUCCAUGAAGCCCACAGAUUGCACUAUCACCCUACAUGUGGCCCAUAUGACCAAACGGGACAUUGAGAAGACAGGGAAUGAAGACCUCCUGGACGUAACUGCACUAGAAGCAGCCAGGCAGAAGCUGAUGGUUCCCAGCUACACUGUGCACAAGGAGCUGUUCGCAAAGCCGCAGCACUUUCAGGUCCAAGUGAAGGUGUUUGAAGCCCGCCAGCUCAUGGGCAACAACCUCAAGCCAUUGGUGAAGGUGGUCAUUGGAGGCCAUCAAUACCACACACGUACCAAGAUGGGAAACAACCCUUUCUUCAACGAGAUCUUCUUCCAGAAUUUCCAUGAGAUUCCUGCAAAGUUCUUCGAUUACACCAUCUUAAUCCAGGUGCUGAAUUCCUCAGCGAUAAGAGCCAAUUCGGAGAUCGGGAGAUUCCAAACAGAUAUUGGUUUUAUCUACCACUCUCAAGGUCACGCAUUCCAGAGGAGGUGGUUAGGCCUCUGCCAGCCAAAUGAACCCAACAGUGGUGUGAGAGGCUACCUGAAGGUCACCAUUUGUGUGCUCGGUGUGGGAGACCAGGCCCUGGUAGAUCAAAAGCUGCCCUAUGAUGCCGAUGACACCAAAAUUCAGAUCUUCAAGUCAGCAAUGGUCCCAGUGAACUUGGCCUACUUACAAUUCUUCAUCUACUGCGCAGAGGACCUUCACCUCAAGAAACACCAUUUAGUGAGUCCAAUGUUGGAAGUGGAACUAAUUGGGGAAAAGCUGAAGACACAGGUGAAGACCCAAACCGAGAACCCGAUCUGGAACGAGAUCCUGACCUUACAGAUUCAGCUGCCCUGCCUCUCCAGCUACAUCAAGUUCAAAGUCUGGGACUGCCCCAAGGGCAAAUUCUGGAGUGAAAUCGGGACUGUCAGCCUGGUACUCAACCAGAUUUCGUCCACCGGAGCAGAAAUAGAAGGAACGUACUCUGGUUUCCUACCCUGCUUUGGCCCCAGCUUUCUGACUCUCCAUGGGGGUAAAAAGGCCCCUUUCCAGAUCCAAGAAGAAGGCGCUAGCAUCCCCAGCUCUGUUAAGGACGGUUUGGAGUAUCGAGGCCGGGUCUUCCUGGAGUUAGUCACCAACAUCAAGUCCCACCCAGACAACAGGAUAAAUGACCUCUCCCAGGAAGUGACCAGUGUAGAGAAGCACAAGAACCGCUUCAAGUAUGGGCUGUGCAUCAUCUUCCUUUCCUGUACCAUGAUGCCCAACUUUAAGGACCUGAUCCAAUUCGAGGUCAGCAUCGGCCACUAUGGAAACAAGAUGGACCAGAAUUACAAGCCUCUCGUCUCAACUACACAGUAUAGCCCAGUGAUCUAUGAUGGGAACAUCUACAAUUACGUGCCCUGGUACAACACCAAGCCGGUGGUGGCCCUGACCUCCUACUGGGAGGACGUCAGCUUCCGCAUGGACUGCCUCAACCUUCUGCACUUCACUCGGGACCGCCUGAAAGCCAAUCUGGACGCCCUGAAAUCUAUGCGGAACCCGAGGGACCCCGCCCUGCUCCCCCAGUGGAGGAAACUGCUGAGGGACCUGGUGGAGGACUGCAAGCGCCCUCUGCCCUGCAUGACCCAUCAGCCAAAAGCCACGGAACUGGACGGGAAGAGGUGGCAGCUCCGUAACCUCCUCCUCAAGGAACUGGCCCAAAAGGCCAAGGAAGUCCAGCCUAGGGACAUGGUGGCCACCGUGGAGGGCUGGCUAUACCGCCUCAACGCCGUGCUUCCCGAGGUGGGCGCUGGGCCCCUGGCCGGGAGCAGGCCGCAGAGCCUGUGCACGGGCCUGACUCUCCUGCCGCGGCAGCCCCAGGUGAGCAUCCCGGACGUGAUGAUCUGGCUGAUGGCCAAGGAGCAGCGAGUGGCCUACGCACAGGUGCCCGCCCACAGCGUCCUGUUCUCCCCGACGGGGGCGCUGCACUGCGGCAAGUUCUGUGGGAAGACACAGACGCUGCUCCUGCAGCACCCAGAGGGCGAAGGGCAGAAGGACUCGCUCCCGGCCCAUCUCCGGGUCUGCAUGUGGCUGGGCAACGUCACAGACAGCUGGGACCUGCAGCUGCUCCGAGAGGGCCAGGUGGUCGUGUACGCGGAGACGUAUGAGAACCAGGCCAAGUACAAAGACCAGUGGGGGCAGCAGGGGCUGUACCAGUGCCCCAACUUCUCUGACGUCCUGGGGCACAAGGCUCUCCCCAAGGAGGAUUUCAAGGAGCCCUCGGGAUGGCACUGGGAGGGGAAGUGGACGGUGGAGCCUCAGAGGAGACUCCUCCUGGACACAGACAUCAACAAGAGCCAGGUGCUGGAGGAGGUGUACGAGAACCAGCAGCGGGACCUCGCGGGGGCCUGGGUGCCGGCAGCCACCCCCAACACCGACGUGAACGGGCAGCCCGUGGAGGCGCGGGAGAAUGUGAAGUGCCCCCAAGGCUGGCACGUGAAGAAGAACUGGACUGUGGAGCUGAACCACGCGGUGGACAAUGAGGGCUGGGAGUACGGCGUGGGGAUCCAGCCCUCCGGCCUGCCUCCGGUCUGGAACUCAGUGGAAAAGACCUACUACACCUGCCGCCGGCGGCGCUGGGCGCGUGUGCGCUGCCGGAACCACGGGAAGCUGAACCUGGAGCAGGAGACGCUGUCCUUCCUGCAGCUGGAGGAGGAGGGCUGGGAAUACGGCACCAUGGGCUCCAAGUUCCACCUGAACCCUCAGCCCCAGAGCCGGUUCCGCCGCCGCUGCUGGCACCGCAGGCUGGCCCCCAACAAGGACAAGGGCAUCGCACCCAUAUUCCUCCUGGAGGGGUCCUUGGGGAAGGAGCUGAAAAGGCAGGAAGAGAACAGGCCGCCGUCACGGGGUCUCAGCAGAACGCUCAGGGGCCCCUGGAAGCCGGCCCCGGAGGACACCCCGCCGCCGCCCCACCUGCCUUUCAUCUACUGCAUCUUCGACAAGCCCCACUACUACCAGCUUUUCUGCUACAUCUACCAGGCCCGGAACCUGAUGGGCAACCAGAUCCAGACAUUCCAGGAGCCCUUCGUCCGGUUGGUCUUCUUGAACCAUAGCCAGUGCACCCAAACCCUGAGGAGCUCUGCAGCCCCCACGUGGGCCCAGACGCUCAUCUUCCAGCACCUCCUCCUGUACGAGAGCCCUCACGACACCAGGGAGAGCCCGCCGCUCGUGGUGCUGGAGCUGUGGCAGCGGGACUCGCGGGGCAAGGAGAGCUUCCGGGGACGGAGCAUGUGGCCCCCAGUGGUCUGGCUGGAUGUCCAACAUCGGGUCUUGCCCCCCAUGAGGUGGCAUCCCUUUGCAAAAGAGUUGGGGGAGGAAGAGGGCGAGAUCUUGGCUUCCUGUGAGCUGAUCCUUGAGACUGAGGUACUGGGAGAGAGGGCCCUGCUGGGAGGUCUGCCAAUCUUAAGUGUUCCCUGGAAGAAUGGAGUCUUCACACUCCCCAAGAGCAUGCAGCCCACGCUGAGGAAAAUGGCGGUGGAGGUCCUGGUCUGGGGGCUCCGGAACAUGAAGCAGGUGCAUUCCCCCCAGCUGCUGGUGGAGUGCUGGGAAGAGGCCCGGCAGACAGAGCCCAUCAGGGACUUCCAGACCAACCCCAACUUUGCCCAGUCGGUCCUCUUCCUCACACUGUUCAUGCCCACGGAGGAGGCCUACGCGCUGCCCCUCAUAUUGAAGGUGGUGGACAAUAAGGACUUCGGCCAGCAGACCCUGGUGGGUCAGGCCAACAUUGACUCCCUGCAGCCCUACUUCUGUGACCCCUGGGCCUCGGACUACGUGCCCCCACAGCUUCCAAGUACGUCCUUACUCCUAGCCCUUCCCAGGCCUCACCAAUAACUCCUAGAUGACCUCAUUGAAAAGUUCUGCUUCAAGUCCAGCAAAGCCGAGGAUGAAGACGAGUAUGAGGUGGACUGGUGGAGCAAGCUGUUCUGGGCCACAGGGGACGGCAAGUCCCCGAAGUACAAGGACAAAGACUACCACACCCUGGAGGUGUAUGACUGUGAGCUGGAGGCUGUGCCAGCCUUCCAAGGCCUGCAGGACUUCUGCCAGACCUUCAAACUCUACCAGGAACAGCCCAAGUCAGACAGCCCUGUGGUCGGAGAGUUCAAGGGCCUUUUCCGUGUCUACCCCUUUCCUGAGAACCCAGGAGCCCCCCAGCCCCCCCGCCAGUUCUUGGUUUGGCCUCAUAAAGAGGACUUCCCUCAGCAAUGCCUGGUGCGGGUGUACGUGGUACGAGCACUCAACCUGCAGCCCCAAGACUACAAUGGCCUGUGUGACCCUUAUGUGAUCCUGAAACUGGGAAAGACAAAACUUGGCAACCGAGACAUGUACCAGCCUAACACCCUGAAUCCCAUCUUUGGCACGAUGUUUGAACUGAGCUGCACCAUCCCCCUGGAGAAGGACCUAGAGAUUGAGCUGUAUGACUUUGAUCUGUUUUCACCUGAUGAUAAGAUUGGCACCACAGUCAUCGACCUCGAAAACCGACUCCUGUCUGGCUUUGGAGCUCGCUGUGGGCUCUCCCAAUCAUACUGCCAGUCAGGACCCUUUAGGUGGCGGGAUCAGGUGCCCCCAAGCUUCCUCCUGGAACACCACGCCAAGCGCAAAGGAUUGCUUCCACCUCUGUUCAACCCUGAUGGUGACUCUGUUUUUUACAAUGGGAAAAAAUUCAAGCUGCAGCGCUUUGAGCCCCAGCCCCCUACUGCUCGUUACUUGGGCCCCAAAAAGGAGCGCCUUGCACUGUACCUCCUGCACGCCCAGGGGCUGGUACCUGAGCACCUAGAGACCCGCAUGCUGUACAGCAGCAGCCAGCCAGGCAUUGACCAGGGAAAGAUACAAAUGUGGGUGGACAUCUUCCCCAAGAAAAUGGGACCUCCUGGCCCCCCAGUCAACAUCAGGCCCAGGCAGCCUACAAGGUAUGAGCUGCGCUGCAUUAUCUGGAAAACUGCUCACGUGGACCUGAAGAGUGUCAAUUUGAGUAACGAGAAGAUGAGUGACAUCUACGUCAAAGGGUGGCUAUUCGGGCUAGAGAAGGACAUGCAGAAGACAGACAUCCACUACCAAUCCCUGACUGGCGAGGGCAUCUUCAACUGGCGGUUCAUCUUCACCUUGGACUACUUGGUGGCUGAGCAAAUGUGCGUCCUGAGUGUGAAGGACUACAUAUGGAGCCUAGACCCCAUGGUGAUGAAGUUUCCGGCCCGGCUCAUCAUCCAGAUCUGGGACAAUGACAUCUUCACCAGUGAUGACUUCCUAGGGGUCCUAGAGCUGGAUCUGUCUGACAUGCCCUUCCCGGCCCAGCACCCAAGCCUGUGCUCCAUCAGGAUGAUGGAUGCUGACCCCAAGUGGCCCCACCUCCUCCAGCACAAGCGCUUCUCCCUCUUUAAGAAGAGGACUGCAACCGGCUGGUGGCCUUGCCAGGUCCUCGAGGACGGCAAGUGGCGCUUGUCGGGUAAAGUGAAGAUGACACUGGAGAUUCUGUCCGAGGAGGAAGCCUUAAUCAGGGCAGCAGGACGUGGCCAGUCAGAGCCCAACCAAUACCCUACACUCCACCCUCCCCCGCGCACCAACACCUUGCUCUCAUGGUUUCAGUCACCUAUUAGAAACUUCUGCUAUGUUUUCUGGAAACGCUACCGCUUUAAAAUCAUAAUCAUGUCAAUCAUAUUGAUUAUCGGGCUUAUGCUGUUCAGCUUCAUGUACUCAGCUCCGGGCUAUUUGGCCAUGAGCUGGAUCAAACCUGAGCUUCGGCUAACUGCACCUAAGAAUAUGUUCACCAAUAUCUUCAAUUCACUGAACACCAGGAAGGCCAGCUCUUCCAACCUCACUACCCCACGCCCUACCCUAGAGUCUACAACAGGCCGUCAGCUGAAACUCCUGCAGGAACACAUGAAUCACCUGCGACAUAUUUUUCCAGAACUCCCAGCCCCACAAGGCUAA